AUCACAGGAGUAAAAGCAAAGGCUUGUCACAUAUCUGGUGAGUGCAACCAGUGCAAAGCCAAAAGAGGGCAAACUUAAAUCUCUACCAUGGCGAACAGAAGGCGAAAUGGAUCCCGUGCUAAUGGUCGUGCUGGUCGAGGAGGAGUUCAAGCACAGCAACAGCAGCAACGCAAGCGGCCACCUAUUAAGGCUCUAAGAGAACCAGCCAUUUUUGCUAAACAAUCAGGCAGUGCCUCGGACACCCCACAAGACAAAGUGACUUUAGCCCAGGCUCGCCGUGGCACUCCAGCUCAUCGUCCUGUGCGAGUAUAUGCCGAUGGAAUCUUUGACCUCUUCCAUUCGGGUCAUGCCCGGGCUCUGAUGCAGGCCAAGAAUUUGUUCCCAAACACACAACUGAUUGUUGGUGUGUGCAGUGAUGCCCUGACGCACAAGUAUAAAGGCUACACUGUGAUGACAGAGGACGAGCGAUAUGAAGCCCUUAUACACUGUCGUUAUGUGGACGAGGUGGUCCGUGAUGCUCCCUGGACCCUCACUCCUGAAUUCCUUAAAAAACACAGGAUUGACUUUGUGGCACAUGAUGAUAUCCCAUACACCUCUGCUGGAUCAGAAGAUGUCUAUAAACAUAUCAAAGAAGCUGGAAUGUUUGUGGCUACUCAAAGAACGGAGGGAAUCUCUACCUCUGAUCUCAUCACACGCAUUGUUCGAGACUAUGACGUCUAUGUCAGGCGUAACCUGCAGAGAGGAUACACAGCACGAGAACUCAACGUGGGCUUCAUCAAUGAAAAGAAAUAUCGUCUGCAAGAGCAGGUGGAUAGAAUGAAGGAGAAGGUGAGGACGGUGGAGGAGAAGUCCAAACAUUUAGUGCACCGCGUUGAAGAGAAGAGCCAUGACCUCAUCUACAAAUGGGAGGAGAAAUCUCGCGAGUUCAUCGGAAACUUCCUGGAGCUGUUCGGUCCAGAUAAAGCCUGGCACAUGAUCCAGGAGCGGAGUGGCCGUGUUCUCCAGGCUCUGUCUCCCUAUCAGUCUCCAAGUACGUCGCCCAGCUCCAGUCCCACCAGAGGACGCUCUACAUCGCCCGUCACCCACUGGUCCCCACUUCCUUCACCGCCACCCAAAGGAGCCUCCGUCAGCAGCAGUGAGGGUGACGAGUGGGAGAAGUAGAUGGACGCUGGCUCUACCUCCUGCAUGUUUGAGCAGGCAACUUCUCGUUCUGUUUACUGUAUUUUGUGCACCAAAAUGUUUCAUAAUUAAGAUCUACAAUAGCAAGCUGCUCAAAGAUCCAGACUGACCUCAUAAAAAUUUAAAAAGCCAUUAUUACCACUCAAACACAGAACUGGGCACUUCAUAACUUGUCUGUCACGUUUGAAUAUAGGCUCGUUCAUCCCAUGAAAGAUAAGUAUAACUUUAACUAUAUUAGCAUUACUAUAUAACAUUCUGUUUAUGAUAAGUCAGCACUACAGUUAUGUCGUCUGCUGCUUUAAAAGCUCAAUCUCUUUAAAGUCAGGUGGAUUCAUUCAUUAGCUGAAUUUUUUUUUUUUUAAAUAUCAUUCCUCUGUGUCAUUAUCAUUAUAGCUGUAAUGUAGAUGUCGCUAUUUUCACAAAUUUAGAGUGAUUAGUAAAACUUUAUGGUUGUAGUUAUCGUCUUUGGUGUGGACAAAUAUAUAAAAAUAUAUUUAUGAAUUAUGUAUUUUAUUAAACACUAACCCAACUAACAACAUGAUCUAAGAACGUUUUGCUAAUGUUAUAAAAAAUGUUAUUUCUGAACGUUCUCUGCAAUGUGCAUAAUGUCCAUUAUAUAUAUAAAAAAAUGUUUUUCCUUGGUUAUGUGAUCCUUAAGGGAGCAUUUUAUUUUGCAAACAUUAUGGGAAUGUUACUUUUGAACGUUCUCUGAACAUUCUGAAACAAGUAGUAACAUUUAAAAAAUGUUAGGUGAACAUUCAAAUAAAAUGUUUCAGGAAAAAAACUUUCCAUGAAAGAUGUUUAAUAAUGUUUUUAUGCUAAUGUUUGAGAACAUUAUUAAAGACCAAACAUUCUAUUAACAUUACUGGAAGAAUGUUGGUUCAUAACUUGGAGAGAACAUUAGUUAAAGUUCUGAGAAUGUUCCCUGUUAGCUGGGAUGUUGUUCUGAAUUAAAUGAAGAAUGUACCAUUGA